AUGGAGACGAUAAGCGUGUGUUUUGCCCUAGCCUCGGCGCUUGUCCUCUGGUUCAUUGCGCCCAUAAUCGUAGCCACUACCCGACUGAAAAGCAAGCAGCUGCCUCCCGGUCCACGGAGCCUCCCGAUCGUCGGCAGCCUCCACCGCAUCAUGGGCACUUUCCCGCACCGGAGGCUCAUGGACCUCUCCCGCCGGCACGGCCCGCUCAUGUUCCUCAUGCUGGGCGAGGUCCCCGCCGUGGUGGUCUCCAGCGCCGAGGGCGCGGAGGCGGUCAUGCGGACCAACGACCUCGCCUUCGCCACCCGCCCGCGCAGCACCACGCUCGACAUCGUCUCGCGCGGCCGCAAGGGCGUCAUCUUCACCCCCUACGGCGACCACUGGCGCCAGAUGCGCAAGAUCUGCGUCGUCGAGCUCUUCAGCGCCAGGCAGGUCAGGCGCAUGGAGUCCGUCUGGGCCCACGAGGUGGCCCGCCUAGUACGGUCCUUCGCCGGCUCCGGUGGCGGCGUCGUCAACUUUAGCGAGACGAUGUACGCGUUCAUGAACGAUCUCAUCGCGCGGGCGGUGUUUGGCGGCACGUGCGAGCAGGCGCAGCAGGCCGAGUACCUCCGAGAGUUCUCCAGGGCCAUCGAGCUCGCGGGAGGCUUCCUCCUUGUCGACCUGUUCCCGUCGUCUAGACUGCUCCGGCGGUUCACCACCGGCGUGCGCCAGCUCACCUGGAGCUUCGGCCGCAUCCAGCACAUCAUUGGUGAGAUCAUCACCGCACGGAGGGCGUUGCGCGCCCACGACCGUGCAGCCGCCGCCGGCGACCAGGACCUGCUGGACGUGUUGCUCAACCUGCAGGAGGAGGGCUCCUUGCCCAUCCCUCUUACUGCAGAGAUUAUAGGCGUUGUCAUCUCUGACAUAUUUGGCGCGGGUAGCGGGACGUCAGCAUCUGCUAUGGAGUGGGCUAUGGCCGAACUCUUGAAAAACCCUGAAAUUAUGGCCAAAGCACAGCUUGAGGUUCGACAAGUGCUAGGUCCGAACCGAGAUAUCAUCACUAACAAUGACAUUGGACAACUUCACUACAUGAGAUUGGUCAUCAAGGAGAUCCUUAGGUUGCAUACUAUCACCCCUCUACAUGGUCCUCGAGAGGCCAGAGAGGACUGUGAGAUCAUGGGUUAUGUCAUUCCUAAAGGCACCAAAAUUAUCGUCAAUACAUUUGCGAUCUCACGAGAUCCUAAGUAUUGGGACAACCCAGAAGUUUUUAACCCGGACAGGUUUGAGAACAGCCAACUCGACUACAAAGGCGCAAACUUUGAGUACACCCCUUUCGGUGCCGGUCGACGGCAAUGCCCUGGAAUCUUAUUUGGUAUGUCAACUAUGGAGGUUACAUUGGCAAAUCUUCUCUAUCACUUCGACUGGGUACUUCCUGAUGGAACAACCCCAAACUCAAUGGACAUGACUGAGAAGUUUGGGCUCACCAUGGGUAAAAUGUCCGACCUGCAGCUAAGAGCUAUUCCAUACGCGUUCUCAAAGGCAACAUAA